UGUGUAUGAUCUCUAUAACUCAACUCAAACAAACAAAGAAAAACAAUGGCAAUCAUGACAUCAUUGGCCUCUUUUCUCCUCAUUCUCCUGUUGGCUGCAGCUGUCUGCACCCACGGAGAAGAAUCGGUAAGGGACAGCAAUGGGAACGAAGUUCGACUCAAAGAACAAUACUACAUACAACCGAUCAGUAACGGGAUUAACGGCGGUAGUCUUGCUCCACUUGCUGGUAUAAAUCCCUUUUGUGAACCACGUGGUAUUAGCGAAACAUUUACGGGAGAACCGGGAGUGCCAGUUAGCAUAGCAUAUCCACCGGGGUUCAUCACGCCAUUAGAAGUUGUCAAAACAAAUUUCAGUAUAACCAUCGAGUUCAAGUCCAACGACUGUAAGGAGCUAUCCAAGUUCUGGGAAGUCUAUGAAGCACGGUAUAUCAUUGAGCCUCCAAUUCUCAUCGGUGGUAGACCUGAGGAACCAAAUAGCCGGUUUAAGAUAGAGAAAGUCGGAGAAGAAGAUGGAACAAACAUUUACAAAUUGACCACUUCUGCCGGAAACGUUGGAUCCAUCCCACUAUUGGGAACUACACCACAACAAGUUCUAGUUCUCACCAAUGAUGUGGCUAAGACCAUAUUCGUCAAAUUCAUCAAAGUUAAAGAUGCUACAUCUCGUGUUGAGAAGUUAGGUCUAAGGAUGAUCCCAUUCUACUAAUCAAGACCAUGUAAUGUAAAACCUUAAAACCCGGCCCAUGACCAAAAAUAAGGGGGUUGAGAUAAUUUAAUACCCGUCAGAAUAAAUAAAAUAAAUAAAAUUAUGUUUUCAAACAUAAAUUUCGAUA